GCGGCUGGGCGGGGCACACUCAGGCCUCAGCUCCUCACGCGCCGCGUUUGCAUCCCCGAGCCCGCGCUGCGGGGAGCCCUGGUGGCGAGUGUGGCCCGCUAGCUAAGGCAGCCGCCGGAGGAGGAGCCGCGGGCUCUGAGAGGAGAAGGUGAAAUCUCGGUGACUGAAGUGACUUGACCAAGUUAUCAGACUACCAAAGUAGACAGUACAGAAGCUGAAGCUGGACCAGGAGCUCCUUACUGCCCACCUGAUGCUUUUCCCUUAACCACACUUUAUUCCUCUACGGGAAGAAAGAUAAAGGUUUCUCUAUACAGAAAAUGGAUUUUUUAAACCUUUGGAAAACUCAAUUAUCACAAUACUUCUAUACUACCAACUAAGAUUUAUGGCAGUAAAUUUAUGACAAUAAAUUUCCUCAUUAUAGAACUGCUGAAGAACUAAAAAAGGACAUUCUUUCAUAAAAAUAUUAUGGUAUCAUAUUACUAAAUAAAACUAAAAAGCACAUUAUUAAAUUAUUAGACUUGUUAAUACAAGUACACAGCUUGUAUUAAUGUGCAACAGCUACUGACACUGAUGGUUACCAAACCUCAAGUUUAAAGGGUUUCUCUUCAUGGGAAAAAUUGUAUAGUGGCAAGAAACCACUAAACAUUCUCAUUAAAUAUAUUUUCAGCUAAGUGUCAUUUGGGAGAAUUUUCUUGAACCAAGUUCUAGAACGUUCCAAGUCCCACCACUAAGUGGAUUUGGUAUUAUGGCAGCAACUUACAGACUUGUGGUUAGUACUGUGAACCACUACAGCAGCGUGGUGAUAGACCGACGUUUCGAACAAGCUAUACAUUAUUGCACUGGAACCUGCCACACCUUCACACAUGGAAUUGACUGCAUUGUGGUACACCAUAGCGUUUGUGCAGACCUUUUGCAUAUCCCUGUGUCUCAAUUCAAAGAUGCAGAUCUGAACUCUGUAUUUCUACCCCAUGAAAAUGGGCUUUCUUCUACUGAAGGUGACUAUCCACAUCAGGUCCUCCCAGGCAUACCGAGAGUCAAGAAAGUAUCCACAUUUCAGAAUACCUGUAAUUUAAAGGACAUUGCUGGAGAAGCAAUCAGUUUUGCCAGUGGAAAAAUAAAAGAAUUUUCCCUUGAAAAACUCAAAAACUCUAACCAUGCAACUUACAAAAAGGGAAGGAAAGUUAAGUCUGACUCAUUUAACAGGAGGUCAGUUGACUUUGACUUGCUCUGUGGUCAUUAUAACAAUGAUGGGACCUCCCCAUCCUUGGGUUUACUUCGGAGUUCCUCAGUUGAGGAAAAAUCUUUAUCCCAUAGAAACUCACUUGAUGCAAACCUGACUUCCAUGUUCUUUCAGAACUUCUCUGAAGAAGAUCUUGUUACUCAGAUUUUGGAAAAACAUAAAAUAGAUUCUUUUUCUUCUGGGACUGACAUAAAAAUGUGCUUGGACAUCUUACUGAAAUGCUCUGAGGAUUUGAAAAAAUGCACAGAUAUCAUAAAACAGUGCAUAAAGAAAAAGUCAGGAGGUAACAUUAAUGAAGGAAGUAGUAAUGAUGCAAUUUCUAGCUCCGAAACUGUCUAUAUGAAUGUAAUGACCAGGUUAGCAUCCUAUCUGAAAAAGUUACCAUUUGAAUUCAUGCAGUCUGGGAAUAACGAGGCCAUAGAUUUCACAGAACUGGUUAAUAAUAUGCCUACCUUACAACUGACUCCCUUUUCCCCAAUAUAUGGCUCUGAACAGCCCCCUAAAUAUGAAGAUGUUGUCCAGCUCUCAACCCCUGAUUCUUCACAGUUUCAAACUCUCGAAUUGCAAGAUGACAAGCAUAAUUCUAGGAUAACAGACAGUAUAAAAGCCAUUCCAAACACAAAUUCCUUAUAUAGCUUGGAAGUAAAUGAUCCCAGAACUAUAAAAACUGUCCAGCUUCAAUCACUGCCAUUAACCAUGAACCCUUUAGAGAAUGUUUCUUCUGGUGACUUAAUGGAAACUCUUUAUAUUGAAGAAGAGUCAGAUGGAAAGAAGGCAUUAUUAGAUAAAGGACAAAGGACAGAGAAUGGUCCCGAUCAGGAAUUAUUAAAGGUAAAUGAACAUAGAGCAGAAUUUUUAGACAAUGGUACUCAUCUUCAAAAAUGUCCUGCAGCAAUGCAAAAUGAAAUUGGUAAGAUAUUUGAGAAACCAAUUGCUCAUCUACCUGAGGAAGAUCCUGAAUCAAAAGUUCCUAAAGUGGAAGCAGGAGACCAGAGAGAUUUUAUGAACCCUAACAGUCAGGAAGAGAUAGAUAAAUUGUUAAUGGAUUUGGAAUCAUUUUCACAGAAAAUGGAGACGUCUUUAAGACAGCCACUUGCCAAAGGUAAAAACUCCAAUUCUCAAAAUAUUCACAGUCAUUUAACUGGUCAAAUCCCUGUAGAUCUUGAGCCUAAAUCUAAAGUGUCUUCACCUGUGGAAAAAGUUUCACCUUCCUGUCUAACAAAGAUUAUUGAAAACAAUGGACACAAAAUAGAGGAAGAGGAUCGAGCCCUCUUACUGCGAAUCCUGGAAAGCAUUGAAGACUUUGCUCAAGAACUAGUUGAAUGCAAAUCAGGCAGAGGAAGUCUAUCACAAGAAAAGGAAAUGAUGCAAAUUCUACAGGAGACCUUGACGAGUUCCUCUCAAGCCAAUUUAUCAGUCUGUAGAAGUCCUGUUGGUGAUAAAGCCAAAGAUACAACUUCAGUGGUUCUGAUUCAGCAGACGCCAGAAGUGAUCAAGAUUCAAAAUAAACCAGAAAAGAAACCAGGAACACCACUUCCAACUCCAGCCACUUUUCCAGUUAGCCCUCAACCUCUCUCCCCUAUUCCUGCUGUGAACAAUGUUGUGAAUGCACCGUCGUCCAUAAACAUUCCACGGUUCUACUUUCCCGAAGGACUCCCAGAUACCUGCAUUAACCAUGAACAGAUUUUAAGCAGAAUUGAAACUGCUUUCAUGGAUAUUGAAGAUCAGAAAGCAGACAUUCAUGAAAUGGGAAAAAUUGCAAAGAUCUGUGGCUGUCCUCUCUACUGGAAAGCCCCCAUGUUCAGGGCUGCAGGAGGAGAGAAGACAGGAUUUGUAUCAGCACCAUCAUUCAUUGCCAUGUGGAGAAAGUUGCUGAAUAACCAUCAUGAUGAUGCCUCUAAGUUUAUCUGUCUUCUAGCAAAACCCAGCUGCAGCUCUCUAGAACAGGAGGAUUUCUUCCCUUUACUUCAGGAUGUGGUGGAUACACACCCUGGCCUUACGUUCCUGAAAGAUGCUCCAGAAUUCCACUCUCGCUAUAUCACCACGGUUAUUCAGAGAAUAUUCUACACGGUCAACAGAUCUUGGAGUGGAAAAAUUACUUCGACAGAGAUAAGAAAAAGCAACUUUUUGCAAACUCUAGCCCUUUUAGAAGAAGAGGAAGAUAUAAAUCAAAUCACAGAUUACUUCUCCUAUGAACAUUUCUAUGUUAUAUAUUGUAAAUUCUGGGAGCUAGAUAGUGAUCAUGACCUGUUCAUCAGCCAGGCCGAUCUCUCUCGAUAUAAUGACCAGGCAUCAUCAAACAGAAUUAUUGAAAGGAUAUUUUCUGGGGCAGUAACAAGAGGAAAAACAGUUCAGAAAGAGGGAAGAAUGAGCUACGCAGAUUUUGUUUGGUUUUUGAUCUCUGAGGAAGACAAGAGGAAUCCUACCAGCAUUGAGUAUUGGUUCCGCUGCAUGGACCUGGAUGGAGAUGGUAUACUCUCCAUGUAUGAGCUGGAGUACUUCUACGAGGAGCAGUGUGAACGGAUGGAAGCCAUGGGCAUUGAGCCUUUGCCAUUCCAUGAUUUGCUGUGUCAGAUGCUUGACUUGGUGAAGCCAGCCAAUGAUGGCAAAAUAACUCUACAAGAUCUGAAGAGGUGCAGAAUGGCUCACAUCUUCUAUGAUACGUUCUUUAAUCUGGAAAAAUACUUGGACCAUGAACAGAGAGAUCCCUUUGCAGUCCAGAAGGAUGUUGAAAAUGAUGGGCCUGAGCCCUCUGACUGGGACAGGUUUGCUGCUGAGGAAUACGAGACACUUGUCGCAGAGGAAUCCGCCCAAGCACAGUUCCAGGAAGGCUCUUUUGAAGAUUAUGAAACAGAUGAACCUGCCUCUCCCUCUGAAUUUGGAAACAAAGGCAAUAAAAUAAAUUCAAGCCUUUCAGAGAAACAUGGAAAGCUUCAGUCAGUGGAUGAAGAGUAGCUGCCAAUGUCUACAUAAAAGGAAGAUAUUUUAAAUACUCUUUUCUUGUGAAGAGAUGCCCUAGUUUGCAUACUGCUUUUUAAAGGCUUUGAUUUCUCCCAAGAGUGUAUCUGCACUGGGAACUUUAAAAUGCUUUUAAGCAGUGGGUAUAGAUACACCCUCAACUUAGGCAACUCCUCCAGUUUGCCUGAAACCUCUUGCAGAAUUUUCCUUGGAAGUGAACGUAAGGAUGUGCCUGCCAUCCAUCACCUUCCGAAGUCUGAAAAUCAGCACCUACACACCCCUGAAUGUACCAAGGAUCUCUUGGGACAGUGCCAAGCAAUUAGUUCUCUGCACAGCAGCAGAAGUUGCCUCAGUGUUGGCCAGCAUCCCUGAGGCCCUUAAGGGCUCCUAUGGAGCCUAGAAGAAACACUCACUUGCAGAAUACUUGAGUCAAAAAUUAAUUCUGGAACUUGAAUUUCAAGUAUUAAGGGCCUCCAGAAUUGACUUAGCCCUAGUAAUAAAAAGCACUGCCAAAACAUCUCAAAGACUCAAUCUUGUGUACUGGAGUUCAAAGAUCUUGAACUAACCUGGUUCAAUGUUAAUUUCACAAUAACCUGCCAAACUGCUAGUCACUUUACAUCCUCAGGUAUUGUAACCACUGGGCCUUCCAAGCUCUGGCAACCUCCCCAUCUUGACUGUGGAUUUUACAUAAAAUAUCAAGAAAAAAAUAUCUUCAUAAGUGCAGAAUUUGACUCAUACUUGAAAAAAUAAGGUCCUUUUAUCUCACAGUUAUAGAGAACUAUUAAAUGAUAAUGUUAAUCUCCAAAUUAAUUGAUGCCCUAUCUUCACACUAACAGAAGAGCUAAUCAAAGACUUAAAAUGAUGAUGUACUGUAUGAAAUAAAUAUUCUUACUGUAUUCCUUUCUGCAAUGAGUAUUAAAUGAGGCCAAAAGCAAAACCUUAAACAUUAUUCCUUACUUCAGUGUUGAAACUGUUCACCAGCUUUCAUCCACCUCAGUAUUCCUCACAGAAAUGGAAAAACAGUGAUGGCACCCAUGAAAAGAAAGCUGUUAUUUACCAUAGUGAUAGAUGUGUUCAUUUCAGAAUCCUACAUUUUUCAGGUGGCCACAGUACAGCCAAAUCCUACACUAUGGAGGGGGAUGGGAAGAAGGAUCAAAAUUGAAAAGAAUUACUUAAAAGGAUGGGUAUUUCUGACACAAGUAAAAGAAGCCCCACCCAAGCAUCUUUUUUAAUAUUUCUGUUCAUCAAGUUUCCCUAGACUUUUUUUCUUUUAACCAGCAUUUAAAGUGUUGGAGUAGCUUCCUUUUCAAUUCCACCUUGGUUCCCCUUGCUGGUAUAAAAGCUAAGGACUGAAAUAAAACCUUGGGAUAUGGCAAGCAAAAAGCAGAGACAAGAGAAUUUAGGAAGUGCAUACCAACUAAUACUGUAAGACAGCAAUAUUGCCUGUCAAAAGGUCCUCCCAGUUUCUUGUUAUUUUAUUCAUGAUAACUGAUCUUCCAUUAAACAGCUAAAGAAAUAACUAUUACAGCUAAUAGUUUUAAAAAUGAGUGAAAUUUUAGGAAACACCGCAUACAAUAUCCCAAACACACAAUAAUUUAUGAUACAUGAAAUUUACCAGCAAUCUCAUUCAUCAUUUACCAGGAAAAGAAAGCUUUUUAAAUUUCAGAUAAAAGUAUAAAAGGAAGGAAGUAAUAUUUUAGGAAACUAAACAUGGUUUACAGGUUUGUUGUCCAUAAUGACCUAAACUUUCU